CACAGCAACGCCACGGAGAAAAACUGAGUCUAAAAUGUGUCUUUUUUGACAACUUUACAGGCGUAAAUUCAGGUUCUCUGAAAUUCAUUCACGCAUGCGCGCUAGAGCCAGAGAGUUUGUCAACAACAUCGUAGAAGUCGUCAUAGCGCGCCAUAUUGAACGCUAAGCACGAGGAUUUCAGCAAUUUUGAACAUUUGGAAAUGGAAAAAAAUAAUGAAUCACGCUCUAGUGAUCCUGCGUGUGAAAGGUUAAAUGAUCCUUCACCAAAGGCUUAUGUGCGUUGUGUGGUGUGUAAUGCCAAUUCUUGGUAUUUUCCUGAAAGAAAAUUCUUUCGGUUUCCUAAAAAUCCAGAGAGAUCAGCACAAUGGCUUGAAGCAUGUAGAAUUUACUUGAUUGGACGUGACAAGGAAAUAUUAAAGAAGCCACCUUCUCUUUUAUAUCGAAGUCGUCUUUGUUCCGCACAUUUUGAAGACAAUGCAUAUUCCACAACUAAGAAGCAUUUUUUGCAUUCGAGUGCUAAACCAACAAAAUUUGGGUGA